CAGUACAAUUAAUUUCUAACAAUCCAUAUCAGUAGUAAAUUAUUUAGUGCCAGUGUUUUACUGUAUUAACGGUGAAAAAGUGUCAUACAUUGUCCUCAAUAACAUAUCUUUUUCUCUAGUUAAACCUAGAUUUCUAGGCUGUGGCCCGCAACCAACUGAUCUUUCAACACAAUCAAUAUACAACCCUUCAUUUAAAUAUUUUAAACUAUGUUUAUUUGAUGCUAUGUACCAACUCAAGAGUAGUCUCGAGGUGGCUGUCGAGGCAGCAGCUCGGGUAGACGCAGUUUUAGCUAAGAAAGGAAAAAUCAAACCAAACCCCAUUCUUGUUAAUGCCAACAAAGCACCAACUGAUCUAUUUCAAACUGAGUUUGAGAUCAACGAUGUCCCAGUGACUGCAAGGAAUCUCCUUACCAAGGGUAUCACCCAGGAAGAAAUCAACCACUUUUCAGGAGCUUCAAUUUCAACAAGGGGACGAUACGUUAACCCAGAGGACAAGGACAAACUUCCAAAGGGCGAGAGACCAUUGUAUCUAUUCAUUCAAGGACCUAACAAACAAUCAUUGGAUUUGGCCAUUCAGCGAAUCGACUCAUUGAUUAAGGAAGUUAUGGAGCAAGAGAAGUUCAAGAUGGGUCCCCCUCCAGUCAUACCAACUGUUAUGCAGACCUCUUUUCCAGGAAUGGAAAAAGUGAUAGUGGGUCUGGACCAUGCUCCAGCCACGUUUGACGUGAGAGGCAAGGUGCUGGGCCCUGGUGGUGCCAACUUACAAUACAUCAGUAAUGAGACAGGUGCUGUAGUAACACUGAGGGGACGUACCAGUGGCUACCCAGAGUCUGGUCUGGGCGGCCAGGAGUCUCCAGAACCUCUGCACAUCUGUGUGGAACAUCAAAAGAUAGAGGUACUGCAGGCUGCCAGACAACUGGCCUUCAACUUGGUAGAGACUAUACAGCAAGAGUUUGUCCAGUUACACCCCCAGUUACCUGGACCUCUGCAGGUCCCUGACCAGCUACCCCCUGGGCUGAUACUACCUCUGCCUGGUCAAGUUGGUGGCUUAGUGAGUGUCCCUCCACCCAGUAUGGCUGUACCCCCGCCACAGAUAAUAGAGCAGCCCCCGCCUAUACAGACAGUCACAAUGCCACCACCAGGUGUACAUAUACCUUCACAUACAGGACCUCUCACUCAGGGAAUUCAACAACCUCCUCCCAUCGCAGGAUUGCCUAUUCACAGUCAAGCUCUCCAACAGGUAUUGAGUCAGCCUCCGCCUUCCUUAACUACGCAGGCACACCUUGGACCUCCUCCUGUCUCCGUAUCCAGCUCUGCAGCACAACACAGCCAGACUCAGGCGUUCAUCACCCAGGCCACCUACCCCAUACAGUACAUCCAGACAGGAGGAGCUGGUGGUCAAGUGCUGAUACCACAACAGCAGCAGCUGAUACAAGGUCAGCAACAAGCUCAGCUGCAGCUCAUACCUGGGCCUAAUGGCACACAGCAGCUAGUCAUGCAGCAGCCUCAACAGCAGGUGACAAUGCUGCUGCAGUACCAACAGCCAGGGGAGGCUGGCAAGGCUGGAGUGUCUAGAUUGAUCAACCCUCAGCGUCUGACUACUCCUGUACAGAUACAACUACAGCCUGGAGUCCAACUCAUCAACCCUCAGUUGCUGCAGCCAGGCCAGACACAGGUCCAACUUCAACUACAACAGCCAAUAGCACAACAGUUGAUCCGGGGAGCCGGGACUCAACAGUUGCAACUGCAACAGACUAGAGUUCAGUUGCAGCCAGUCGAGCAACAACAGCAGCUGCUACUGCAACAACAGGUUCAACUUCAGCAACAACAAUCACAACCGCAUCAACCAUCUCAGCAGCAACAACAGCAACAAGCUCAACAGCAACUACAAAAGCAGCAACAACAAAUUCAGCAGCAGCAAAUCCAACAGCAACAGCAAAUCCAUCAGCAACAAAUUCAACAACAACAGCAACAAAUGCAGCAGCAGCAACAACAACAGAUUCAACAGCACCAGCAGCAGCAACAACAGAUUCAACAGCAACAGCAGCAGCAACAACAAAUUCAACAGCAACAGCAGCAGCAACAACAUAUUCAACAGCAACAGCAGCAGCAACAACAUAUUCAACAGCAACAACAGCAGCAACAACAUAUUCAACAGCAACAGCAGCAACAACAACAUAUUCAACAGCAACAGCAGCAGCAACAACAGAUUCAGCAGCAACAACAAAUCCUACAGCAACAGCAACAAGGUCAUCCGCAACAAGGUCAUCAACAACAGAUUCAAAUGGCUCAGCAACAGAAUCAGCCUCAACAGGGGAACCAGCACAUGUCACAAAGUCCCCAGCAAACUCCUCAGAUACAGCAGAGUGCUCAACAACAGCAACAGAUGAAUCAACAAAACCACGCUCAGUCUCAACAGAGGGAGCAGAAGCAGAAUCAGCAACAACAGCACCAACAACAUCAACAACAACACCCGCAACAUCAACAGAACUCCAACCGGGGACCUCCUCCACACAACCAACAUCCGCACCAGGGUCAGAAGCGCAAAUACGAAGGGGAAUCUCAACCACCCAACAACUAUCAGGGACCGCCCCAACCAGUUCCACCACCCAAACAGACGGUUGCUUCCCCCCAGAAACAGGCUGCUCCAAUUGGAAACGGAGUGACCGGACAGAAUGCAGCCGCAGCCGGAAUAUCUCAGUUGCCUCCGCAGAUGAAAUCACUGAUGCCCCCGCCACCCCCGCCGCAGUCCGGGGCUCCAGAUAAUUGGCAGAAUUCGUCCGAACAGAUGAAUCAACAAAACAGAGGUGACCAGCCUCCACCUCCACAGGCCCAGCCUGACAGAGGCAACAUGUCCAGACAAGAGAGGCCAACAUUCAACCACUACUCGUCCAAGCCUCAGCUGUACAAUGCCAACCUGCCCUUCCACAUGCAGGGCCUCGGGGCCUACCCUCCCCCACCACCGCCACCACCUCCACCGGUGCCCAAUCCAGGCAUGAUGCCUCCUCCAGGGCAAUACCCGUUCUAUCAGCAAGCUCCAGCGGCACCUCCACCCACCCAGUACCCAUACUUUAUGAUGCCGCAUCAACAGUAAAUGUUCUAUGGGGGGUUAUCACCAAGUGAAUGAGGAAAAUAGUCUGCUUUGUGGUUUAAAGAUGUAAAAAUAUAAAAUAUUUUAUUUUUACUACAGGGGUGGAAAUAGAAGCACUUGGUAUUUCCAGUGUUUUUGUAGAUCUAUUUGAGGUUCUUUUCGAGGCAAAUAGUCUACUCUGUGGUGUAAAAGAGCAACAACAUGAAACGUUGCUACUACAGGGGCAAUAGAAGCAUUUGGCAUUUCCAGUGUGUUCGUUAAUGUACAUAUUGUUAUAUAUAUAUAUUUAAGUUAUUUUAAAUGUGUGACCACGUAGUACUGAUUUUUUAAGUGUUGUAUUCUUCUUUUCUGUCCUGUAUUAAAUUAUGUAUCUAAUCUGAGAAUUGUACUUUAGUUACAUGAUAAACGAUAGUAAUAGUA